CUUCCACCAUUCAAGUGCCGUGUGGCUUUGCAAUUGGUCACCGCCUAAACCGGCGUUUCUCAGGCUGCACGAGUAUCCAAGUUGGUCUCCCCGAACCCUACCCCGCCUUACACCCUCGACGUUUGAACGGAAGACUGUCAAAUGGCUCCCCCUCAACUACUGGAUCUUCCAGUCGAGAUCCUCCAGGCAAUCUGUCAGCAACUAUGUGCCCACUGCACCUCAGGAUCCGACUUCACGCCCCCCAAGCGACUUGAAACGGGCUCCCCAUCCCUUCCAGAUGUAUCGAGACCAAAGAACGACACCAAGGCUUUGAUCGCUCUGAGUCAAACUUGUCGCAAGCUAUACCCAAUCGCGAGGCCAGUUGUCUAUCACGAGUAUGUAUCUGAACAAUGGAAAACAUCACAUGUGGCUGGCUUCUUUCGUACCAUUUUGGAGCGGCCCGACCUAGCUGCCCUUGUCCAGCGUCUAUCCUUGGCUUCAAAAGACUUCGAGGAACCGAGUUCUCUAAGUAUCCAAGGCCAGUUAAUCAGGGACAACCUUGUGCUCCCACCGGGUUUUGACGGAAAGUUGUACAUGGCGAAUAUAGAUGAGUCUAGGGAAGAUUGUACAAUCCAUAACACGUGGUCCGAGCUAUGUGUGGAUUUGAUCCUUUCCACGCUGCCCAACAUGACACAGCUUCAUCUGAGCAUACUCAGUUAUUCUCCAUAUGGCGCACUACUGCCGCAAUCGCCAACUUUGUUGUCAGCUCUGAAAGCCAUCCAGCUGGAGACCAAGGGUAUUAACGGGUUUCAUCUCGAGACAUGCGCUGGCCUGUUAACGAAACCCGCCAACCUUGAACGCCUCCAACUUACAUUGUGCACUUCGAUCGGUAGACGCUUGGAUCUUGGAACCGUGAGAUGGCUCAAGUUGGUAGAUUGCAUGCUUUUCCGGGAGCAUGUGCACACUCUAGCUGAAAGCUGCCCGAAUCUAGAGACUUUCAUCUCUCAUAAUCGGAACGCCACGUUAGACGAUGUUGAUCACUGCACCCCCCGAGCAUUCGCGGAAGGAGUUCUUCCAUGCAAGGACACCCUGCGGCAUUUGGAGAUUCACUUCGUCGAUCGGAGUGCCGGACAAGUCGUGCCAAAUUAUUCGAUUGUUUCACUGAAGGAGUUUGGAUCGUUGAAAACCCUCAUCUUGACAGGUGAUUGUGUGGGGUUGCUCGAUGCCAGCAUGAUCCUUCAUGGUACGCCCGGCGACCAGUCGGAAGUUGCGGUCUCCUUCGUUGACCUUCUUCCACCUUCAAUCGAGACCCUCAUCAUCGAGGGUAAUUACACCGGACUCUACAACCCUCUCCUCGCAUUGGCAUCGGAGGUGCGAAACCAGAAAUUCCCCUUCCUCAAGACUGUCAAGGAGACACGAUUUGACUGGAAAUUUCCCUCUCAUGCUGUUAAGCCCGUGAAGGAUGCGAUGGAAGCUAGCGGGGUGUCGUUUGAGAUAUCUGAGGAAUCUGCGUUUUGUCUUCAGUAAUAGAUAGAACGAAGGUCUAGUCUCUUUAGUAUUGGAAAUUCGAUUACUUUACUUGUCCCAUGACGUU